UUAGGUUAAUAAUCAGCACUAGUUUGAAAUUGAAUAUUAGGUUUGUGGAUUGUAAUGAUGAUACAGUGAUUUGCAAAAAGCACAAUCACAAGCACACACGAUUUCUUUGUACUCGAUGUCUCGAUUGAUUAGUUGAAUUGUCGUCAUUCAUGAUUCAUGAUUCAUGGUUCAUGAUUCAUCAGCCUUCAAAUUCAAUCACAAAUCGCAUCAUUUGAUUAAACUCCCUUCUUCUUUUUGUCACUAUCUCUAUCUAAACAACUCACUCACACCAACUGAGCCAACGACACUACCAACCAACCAGAUCGUCACUGCCCACCACACUAUACUUCGCAAAAUCUAUAAACCCAUCUCCCUCUUGAGAUCUACAUUCACACACAGAUAGAUCCAGUGAAAGAGAGAGAAGAGAGAGAAACUCGACGGUGGUUACGAUGAGGGAACUGGCCACUGAGAACAUGAACGGCGCCUCGUCGUCACCAACGCCACCACCACCGCAGGCUCUGCUUGAAAGACUCAAAGAUUAUGGCCAGGAGGAUGCGUUUGCGUUCUGGGAUCAACUCUCUGCUGACCAACAAAACUUUCUUAUUCAGGAGAUUGAGAGUUUAGAUCUUCCAAGGAUUGAUCGAAUGAUUCACUGCUCACUUCAAUCACAUGGGCUACCAACAGCAGCCAUAGAACCAGUGCCAGAGGGUUGCGUGUCAACUGUAGAUGAUAGAAAGCUUGAAGAUAGAGAAAGAUGGUGGAACAUGGGAUUGAAAGCCAUUUCAGAUGGGAAAUUAGCUGUAUUGCUUUUAUCUGGUGGACAGGGGACUAGGCUUGGAAGUUCUGAUCCAAAAGGAUGUUUUAAUAUUGGACUUCCAUCAGGAAAGUCACUUUUUCAACUUCAGGCUGAAAGAAUUAUUUGUCUCCAAAGAUUAGCAACUCAAUCAAUAAACGAAGGUUCUGGUAAUAUUGUACCUAUACAUUGGUACAUAAUGACUAGUCCAUUUACUGAUGAAACCACACGUACAUUCUUUGAAUAUCAUAAAUAUUUUGGCCUUAAAUCUGAUCAAGUGACAUUCUUUUCACAAGGCACAAUACCUUGUGUUUCAAAAGAUGGUAGAUUUAUUAUGGAAUCUCCAUGCAAGGUGGCAAAAGCUCCUGAUGGGAAUGGAGGAGUUUAUUCAGCAUUGAAGCAUUCAGGAUUAUUAGAAGAUAUGUCUAUGAGAGGUGUCAAAUAUUUGGAUUGCUAUGGAGUUGACAAUGCUUUGGUUCGUGUUGGUGAUCCUACUUUCUUGGGGUACUUCAUUGACAAAGGUGUGGCUUCUGCUGCUAAAGUUGUACGUAAAGCAUACCCUCAAGAAAAAGUUGGUGUAUUUGUGCGACGUGGUAAAGGAGGACCUGUAACUGUAGUUGAAUACAGUGAGUUGGAUCAGUCACUCGCUAGUGAAAUUAAUCAAGGAACUGGAAGACUUCGAUAUUGUUGGAGUAAUGUUUGCCUCCAUAUGUUUACUUUGGACUUUCUGAACCAAGUUGCAAAUGGUCUCGAAAAGGACAGCAUAUACCACCUUGCUGAAAAGAAAAUCCCCUCCAUCCAUGGGCAAACACUUGGAUACAAACUAGAACAAUUUAUCUUCGAUGCUUUCCCAUAUGCACCUUCAACCGCCCUUUUUGAGGUAUUACGUGAAGAAGAAUUUGCCCCUGUGAAAAACGCGAAUGGGUCAAACUUUGACACUCCAGACAGUGCUCGCCUUCUUGUCCUCCGUUUGCAUACACGAUGGGUGGUGGCAGCUGGCGGCUUCUUAACACAUUCAGUCCCUUUAUAUUCAACCGGUGUUGAGGUUUCACCGCUUGUUUCAUAUGCCGGAGAGAAUCUUGAAGCAAUUUGCCGUGGUAGGACAUUCCAUGCGCCUUGUGAAAUCACAUUUUAGUUUUUUUUUUUUUUUUUUGGGA